UGGAUAUUUCACCUGAUGUCUCAGUGCCAUGUCCUUUCCUUCCCAGGAGCCAAAGACAUGUGGAGAGCCUACUCUGACAUGAGAGAAGCCAAUUACAAAAACUCAGACAAAUACUUCCACGCCCGGGGGAACUAUGACGCUGCCCAAAGGGGACCUGGUGGUGUCUGGGCUGCUGAAGUGAUCAG